AUGCAAAAGAAUGAAAGGGAUACUAAUGAACUGCAGCUAUUAAUUGAUCGAAAGAUAAACUUAGACGGCAAAGAACUUCAUCUUCAGCGUCAAUCGUCACGUUAUCAAUGGGCUGAAGAAUCCUGGACUCGAUGGUUUUACAUUAUAAGUUUGGGAUGGAUGAAUCCGCUACUUUCUUUGGGUUACAAAACAACAUUGACUGAAGAUAAUCUCGAUGAUUUGCCUCAAACGAAUAAAUGCUCAGCAUUGUAUAAUAUGAUAAAGGAUUGCAAGUGGGGUCAACAGACGACAUUUACAAUAUUUCUAAGAGCAUUAUGGAAACGCUGUGCACUCGUCACCUCUCUUCUCUUACCUCUAAUGAUCGUUACUAUUGCCCAGCCACUGCUCAUUUAUCGAUUAAUUCUAUAUAUUCAGGAUCAUCAAAGUCUCAAAGCAUCAUCUUCAGCAUCUACUAGUAGUGGUUAUUUUUAUGCUAUGGGUUUAUUUAUUUGUGCGUUUCUUCAAGCCCUUAUCCUUCAACAGUAUAAUUUCCUCACAUCCCGUCUUGAUUUGAUGGUUCGAAGCUUACUCUUAUCGACUAUCUACACACGUCUUCUGUCGGUUAGUACAGCAGCAUUACGACAGUUGACCACCAGCUAUGUUAUCAACAUUGUCACUAACGACAUCGCAAAAUUUGAAGAGAUUUUCAAAACUGUUUUCUAUAUAUGGCAAGCUCCGAUAGUAGCUGUGAUCAUCUUUGGAUUACUCUGGUGGAUAAUAGGAAUUUGGCCAACAUUGUUCAGUUAUAUUACAUUUAUUUUGUUAAUUCCUCUCCAAAUGAUAUUGGGACGACAAUUUAGUCGUUAUCGGGAUAGAAUAGUGACACAUACUGACAAGCGUGUACAUGCGUUUGAAGAACUCAUUAACGGGUGUCAAACAAUAAAAAUGCAUAAUUGGGAAAAGUUUAUUGAGAUGCGCGCAUCUAGAAUGCGUGAACUUGAACUAGCUAGUAUUCGUCGUGCAUCUCUUCUUCGUGCAGUUAAUCUGGCUCUAUUCUUUGCAGCAAUGCCUUUAGUUGGGUUUUCUACAUAUGCUAGUGCUUGGUUCACCGGAAGACAGUUAAAAACAGUUGAUAUAUUUAUAACUCUUGCAUUCUAUACUCAAAUGCGAGUUCCUGUCAUGUAUGCAUUGCCACUGGCCAUCGAAAAAAUAAGCGACCUUCGACUAGCAUGGAAAAGAAUUGACAAAUUCAUCCAGCUGGCGAUAAAAGAAGAGAAACAAGCAUUGUAUACAUCUGACAAUUUUCAUUAUCAGCAAAAAGGAGCAAUUACCAUGCGUAAUGCUUCAUUUUCAUGGAAUGGUUAUGAUGACUGUCUUUCAUCCAUCAAUAUUGAUAUUGAACCAGGCACAUUUGUAGGAAUUGUUGGAGUUGUUGGUUCUGGCAAAUCAUCGUUAUUUGCAGCUAUUCUUGGUGAGAUGAUCAAAACAAAGGGUGAAAUCAGCAUAAACAACAGUUUUUUUUCCUAUGUUGCCCAAACUGCAUGGAUAUUUCCUGAUACAUUACGCGCUAACAUUCUUCUUGAAAAAUCAUACGAUGAGCAACGUUAUAUGAGGGUUUUACACGCUUGUUGCCUGGAUAUUGAUUUGACUAUGUUAGGAUCGCGUGGAGAUUUGACGAUUAUCGGUGAGAAAGGUGUGAAUUUGAGUGGUGGACAAAGGAUGCGCGUAUCAUUAGCUCGUGCAUUGUAUGCAGAUGCUGAUAUUUAUCUUCUUGACGAUCCAUUAGCUGCACUUGAUCGUAUUGUGGCAAAACGAGUCUAUGAUCAAUGUAUUGGUCCACAUAGUCUAUUGAAAAACAAAACUCGUCUAUUAAUCACACAUCAAACGCAUUUUUUAACUGACACACAUCAAACAAUUAUUCUAGCUGAUGGUUGUAUCAAAGCACGAGGUGCGUUCGACGAAUUGAAGACUAAAAAUGAGGAUAUUGAUGAAAAAUAUCGUAAGGUUGAAGAAGACACACCAAUAUCGCUGGCUAUGCUUGAUGUAGGACAACCAUUUAAUGCCACUGAAUCAAUCAUUGUUAAUGAAACAUCUCAAACUCUUAAUGUCAGUUGUUCUCUGUGGUACUCUUUGUUUACUGCACCACCUUUGGGAGCAUUUGGCUUUUAUGGUAUGAUCAUUCUUCUUGUAAUUGGGGAAGUUCUUUAUGAUGGCACCUAUAUUUGGUUGACCCACUCGUUCCAACAAUUGCAAAAUGAUCAGUAUCAUCGAUCUAUUGGUCUUAAAAUCUUUUUAAUUUUGACGAUUGCAACAUUAAUUGUGGCUGUAGUACGUAGUAGCUUCUACUUCUACCAAAUAUUGAAUGGAUCAAACCGUUUUCAUAACAGAAUGUUGUCUGGACUAUUGUAUACAUCGAUGCGUUUUUUCGAAAGUAAUCCGAGUGGUAGGAUUCUCAAUCGUGUUAGCAAAGAUCAACAGGUCAUGGACGAGGUAUUACCUGCAACAUUGUUCGAUGCCAUACAAGUACUGAUGAUGACUGUUGGGUCUAUAAUCACUAUUGUCAUCAUCAAUCCAUGGAUGACACUUCUAUUAAUUUUCUUAGGGCCUGCCUUCUGUUUGUUAUAUCGUUACUACUUACGUUCGAGUCAACAACUUAAACGCAUGGAAAGUGUAACACGUAGUCCCAUUUUUGGACUAUUUACAUCAUCACUCAAUGGCUUGACGACUAUCCGUGCAUUCAAAGUUCAAAAUGAUAUGAUUCGUUCCUUUAUGAGUCUUGUUGAUGCUAACACACGUCCAUAUUUAUAUAUGAUAGGCGCAGCACGAUGGUUUUGCCUUCGAAUUGAUGUUAUGACAACUUUAUUCACACUUUUCACUGCACUUUUUGUUGUUAUUUUGCGCGAUAGAGCGAACCCAGCGAUGCUCACACUAAGUCUGCUAUAUAGUAUCAAUAUAAGCGCUUGGUUUCAGUUUGGCGUACGUCAAUUGACUGAAGCUCAAAAUUUGAUGACUAGUGUAGAACGUAUCGAUGAAUAUGCACGUUUACCACAAGAAGAAGACAAUGGUAGCUCGAAGAGACUAAUCAGAACUCCAACAAAAUGGCCAGAUCGUGGAACAAUUGAGUUUCGAAACUAUUCUCUACAUUAUCGAUCUAAUAUCGAACCAACGCUGAAAAAUAUUAAUCUAGCAAUCAAAUCUUAUGAGAAAGUUGGGAUUAUUGGUCGAACAGGUGCGGGAAAAUCUUCUCUGUUUCAGGGUCUAUUACGUCUAGUUGAUCGAUCGACUGUUGGUGGUGAAGUUCUAAUUGAUGAUAUUGAUAUUAGUCGUAUCACCCUAAGCCAACUUCGUUCUCAUAUCAGUGUCAUUCCACAACAGUUCGUGCUCUUUUCUGGAACUCUUCGAUCCAAUAUCGACCCAUUGGAACUUUAUUCAGAUGAACAAUGUUGGACCGCACUCGAAGCUGUACAACUGAAAGCAAUGGCAUUCAAUCAUCCGGCGGGUCUUCUAAUGCCAGUGGCGGAAUCAGGUAGCAACUUAAGCAUUGGCCAAUGUCAAUUGAUUUGUGCUUGUCGCGCCAUUCUUAGACCAAGUCGCAUAUUGUUAAUCGAUGAGGCAACAGCUAAUGUUGAUAACGAAAGCGAUCGAAUACUGCAAUCAGUCAUUGCAGACAUAACUAAAAAUCGAACAGUGUUAACGAUUGCCCAUCGAUUAAACACGGUGGCCAACAGUGAUCGUCUUCUUGCUUUGGACAAUGGCGUGGUAGUCGAUUUCGAUAUACCGGAGAAGGUUCUAAUGCAUCUUCAAUGA